AUGUGCAAGGAUAUCGGGUACAACAUGACGAGGAUGCCUAACCUGAUGGGGCACGAGAACCAGCGGGAAGCUGCCAUUCAGCUGCACGAGUUUGCCCCCUUGGUGGAGCCCCCCUGCCACAGCCACCUGAAAUUUUUCCUCUGCUCCCUCUACGCCCCGAUGUGCACAGAGCAGGUUUCUACACCAAUCCCAGCCUGCAGGGUUAUGUGUGAGCAGGCGAGGCUGAAAUGCUCCCCUAUUAUGGAGCAGUUCAAUUUUAAAUGGCCAGAUUCCUUAGACUGCAGCAAACUGCCCAACAAGAACGACCCCAAUUACCUGUGCAUGGAAGCCCCCAACAACGGAUCAGACGAGCCACCCAGAGGAUCCAGCAUGCUGCCACCCAUGUUUCGACCACAGCGGCCCAGCAGUGGCCACGAUGUGCAGCAGCACAAGGACAGCCUCAGCAGAACCUCCUGUGAAAACCCGGGCAAGUUCCACCACGUGGAGAAGAGCGCUUCCUGCGCGCCACUCUGCACUCCAGGGGUUGAUGUUUACUGGAGCAAGGAUGACAAACAAUUUGCUGUCAUUUGGAUUGCCAUCUGGUCCAUUCUGUGCUUCUUCUCCAGUGCUUUUACUGUACUCACUUUUCUGAUAGAUCCUCAGCGUUUCAAGUACCCCGAGAGGCCCAUUAUCUUCCUCUCAAUGUGCUACUGUGUCUACUCGGUGGGGUACAUUAUUCGCCUCUUUUCAGGUGCUGAAAGUAUUGCCUGUGAUAGGGACAGUGGCCAGCUCUAUGUCAUCCAGGAAGGACUGGAGAGCACUGGCUGCACCAUUGUGUUCCUGGUUCUGUAUUACUUUGGUAUGGCAAGUUCCUUGUGGUGGGUGAUCUUGACUUUAACUUGGUUUCUGGCAGCUGGGAAAAAAUGGGGGCAUGAAGCAAUUGAAGCAAACAGUAGCUACUUUCAUUUGGCAGCAUGGGCCAUUCCGGCUGUGAAGACCAUAAUGAUCCUAGUUAUGAGAAGGGUGGCUGGAGAUGAGCUGACAGGGUUGUGCUAUGUUGGAAGUAUGGAUGUGAAUGCCUUGACGGGGUUUGUACUCAUUCCUUUGGCUUGUUAUCUGAUCAUUGGCACUUCUUUUAUUCUUUCUGGUUUUGUGGCCCUUUUUCACAUCAGGCGGGUGAUGAAAACAGGUGGAGAAAAUACUGACAAGUUGGAGAAACUUAUGGUCAGAAUUGGUGUCUUCUCAGUCUUGUAUACGGUGCCUGCAACUUGUGUGAUAGCUUGCUAUUUUUAUGAAAGACUUAAUAUGGAUUAUUGGAAAAUUGUGGCAACCCAACAGAAAUGCAAGAUGAACAAUCAGACUAAAAAUUUAGACUGCAUGAUGAACAACUCUAUUCCAGCGGUAGAAAUUUUUAUGGUCAAAAUUUUUAUGUUAUUAGUUGUGGGCAUUACUAGUGGUAUGUGGAUCUGGACUUCCAAGACUCUUCAGUCCUGGCAGAAUGUCUGUAGUCGAAGAUUAAAGAAGAGAAGUAGGAGAAAACCUGCAAGUGUUAUUACAAGCAGCGGAAUCUACAAAAAACCUCAACAUCCCCAGAAAACUCACCUUGCAAAAUAUGAAUCAACAUUACAACCACCCACUUGUGUGUGACCAGGUUUUAGAAAAGACUGUAUCUCACCUUACAGACUUACAAAUGUUCACAGCAACAGUCAGAAGUUAAAAAGUAAAUGGUGCU